AUGGGCGAGGAAGUUGUGUUCAAAAAGCGGCCUCGUGCUGGCUUGCGUGACGUGCGCAAGCGAGUGGUAGAAGACGACAAGGACGAUGCUACGUCUUCUGUCGUGACGAAAAAAACGAAGGGCGAGCGCGAUGCAGCAGCGGCGGCGAGCCUUGUGCCUGACCGAUUCGGCGAGACGACCGUGCACGCGACAGAACGGGCGAAUGACUCGGCUACGAAUGCCAAUGCGAAUCGUGAGGAUGCGACGCGUGGUGCGGAUUGGGAUGUAGCGGAGGAGAUGCAGUAUUUCCAUGAGACGACCCAAGCGCCCAAGACGAACGACGAUGGAACCUAUCGCGGCAUGGCCCAUUAUGCCAAGUACACACAAGAGCGUGACGACGGUACAUCGGCCAAGUGGAAAGCCAAGGGACCGAUGAAAGCGCCUGCGAAUGUGCGCACAGUCACGGUUGUGGACUACCAGCCCGACAUUUGCAAGGACUAUAAGGAGACGGGCUACUGUGGAUUUGGUGAUACAUGCAAAUUCCUGCACGACCGAAGCGACUAUCUAGCAGGAUGGCAAAUGAACUCAAUGGGUGAGGCGGCUGAUGCGCGCGCGGGAUCGUACGGUGCAGACCUUGAGGACGACGACGACAAGGAAGAAGACAUUCCUUUCGCUUGUCUCCUUUGUCGCGAGCCGUUUACAGAUCCCAUUGUGACAUUAUGUGGGCAUUACUUUUGUGCCAAGUGUGCUAUUGCGCGGUUCACCAAGACGCCCAAGUGCUUCGCCUGUGGAGCCAAGACACACGGGCUGUUCAAUUCGGCCACAAAGAUUAUCGAGCGGAUGAACAAGCGUCAGUCUGACAAAGCCGAGGCCCGCGCGGAGCGGCGCCGAAUGCACGGUUUGGACAAUGACGAUAGCGCUAUCACGAUCGAUGGUGUGUCGUCCGGAACUUGA